AUGCCCGAGCACAAGAAAAUCUCUAUAACCCCAUACGGCCCCCUGGGACCGAAAGUCACGCAGUCGGGCAAAACCACCACGAUCGAGACCCCCGCUCGCCUGUAUCCCAGAGCCGAGUUCCAGCCGUUCUCGACACCGGCCCGCGCAGACGCCACCCGCGCAGCCUGCCCCUGCCUCACCAGGACUGUCCCCGCCCCCCCAGAUCUAACCGCGGACCGCCCAGCCCCCAAGCUCGACUGGAACCGCGUGAACGCAAACGUCAACGGCGACAUUGAGCGCCGCUUGCACCCGCGGCCCACCGUUGCGUGGGCGUCAACGUACAACAUCAGCGUUGGGGCGGUCCAUUGCCCUGUUCAUGUGCAGGGCAAGCAGGAUCCGCAGUGGGUGCUUGUCGUGCACCCGUUUGAUACGAACGAGCCCUGCGCGUGGCUGUUUCUCGGCCAGGCCAGUGUCAGGUGGCUUGGGAUGGAGGUGUACAGGGCGAAGACGGGCUUGUUUGAUUGUCGGGAGGCGAGGGGGUGCGGGCAUGAGGAGUGUGAGUUGCUCUAUCAGAAGAGGUACCUUGCUACUUUGUCUGGGGAGGAGAUGCAGUUUAUUGAGAAGCUUGUCUUUGAAAAGUGGUAUCGCGUCCGCGAUCACGGUGUGACGUCGCUUGCCUUUAUUACGGAGGUUGUGGCGCAGUGUACCCGGGAGAGGGCGAUGUUUGGGGAGGAUGUCCGUGACAUUAUAAUGGAGUUGGUGAAGAGGUUUGGGCGUGCGUUUGAUGGGUAA